AUGUGGGGGCUGUUGGUCAUCAUCAGCUGGCUUCUCUUGAUCCUCCUCGAGCUUUACAUUCCUGCGACUGGAUGGGAGGGCAUCAAAGUUGGCAAAAACUACCAGUACCAUGGAAAUUCUCUAGUAGGCUGGAGACAGAACAUCCUGCAGUUUGUGCCAUGGAUUGUACUGCACCCCUUCGCUGUUUUGACCGGCAACCUCGAUUACGCAGACUACCGCAACACCUUACACUGGCUGACCUUGAAUCAACACCGCGCUGAGACCCAGGUGGACAAUGUCACAGAAGCCGUUGGACAGCUGCGCAAGAUUCUUCCAGAGCUCAUCAAAGUGGACGCAGGCAUCGCCACCUCUGAGUGGAAGGUUCAGGAUGAUUUCUGGCACGCCCUGAAUGAUGAGAUGAAGAAAGGGGGCUUGAUGUGGUAUCUUCUGAGCAUACACAAACAGGAAGACGGCUCUUAUACCAUCUCAGACACGCACUGGGAUGCCAUCAAGCACCGAUUACAUGCCGAAGACCUAUUGGUUCCUGGCCGCUCUGAAAAUGACCCACUGGCACUGAGCAAUGAAGUCAUGAGCUACGUGGACGUCUCCGUUUCCAAAUCGUUCCAGGAUUGGCUUGUCAAGAACGCGGAUGCGGUGCGGAAGGCACAAGGAGAAGAGAAUGGUGAGCCGAGUGCCUCUUACACAGAUCUCUAUGGCCAGGUCGACAAGGCAGUCGCUGCGCGACUCGAACAUUUGGAUCUUGAGGCACGGGUCGUCACCAAGGAAGAGUUCAUAUCCAAGAUCGAAGAGUAUUUCCGCGAUCAUAGUGCUAACGUCAAGGGCGAGCUGACGGUUCUGAAUGAAAAGCUCGGACAGGCUUUGGGCAUUGCCAUGGAAGCCAAGAAUUCUGCCCACCUUCCCCCAGGGCUGAGUCGCACCGAAGUCGAGAGCCUUGUGGCUGAGAUGGUCCGCCGAGCUGUUGCAGAAGCCCAGCUGGAGGCCUUGGCCAAGGGCUCUAUCAAGUCCCACCUUAGUACUGAGCUCCUCGCGCAGAAGAAUUACUUCAGCACCAUUCGAGGAGCCCUUAUCGAUCCGAAAUUGACUUCGGCUUCAUACGACUGGAGAAUCGAGACGGAUGCCAAGAAACGAGACGCUUCAACGACCAGUCUCUUCAGCCUGCUUUCUACGAAGAACGAAAAGGAACACCCGGUGUUCCGUCGGGGUGGGAAGUACACCGGCAUUCCUUUUGCUCCAUCCAUCGCGUUGGAAAAGUGGGAAGAGGACGGAGAGUGCUGGUGCGGUGGACAUAAGGAGGACACGCACACCGUGGACCUGUCCAUCUUCACUGCCGAGGUCGUCAUUCCGCAAUACCUUGUUGUCGAACAUAUCGACCGCGAUUCCACAUUCGAUCCGGACUCCAUGCCCAAGGACCUCGAGUUCUGGAUCAAGGGCCCAGGCGACAGUACGCAGCGCUCCCUGAUCGAGUGGAGCAAGAAGAGAUGGACCGAGCCCCCGACGGUUCCAGGAGUGAGACUCAUGGAGAAGGGUUUCGUCAAGGUUGGACAAUUUGAGUUCGACUCGGAGACAGGAAAGGGCGGCACGCAGGUCUUCAAACUACCCAAUGAACUGAUGGACUUUGGAGUACAGACACAACAGGUGCUGGUACGCGCGAGCAGCAAUUACGGAGCAAGCGAUCACACUUGCUUCUACCGGCUGCGGCUUUUUGGCAGCAAGCCAGCCGGGGGUGAAAGCAAGCCAGAGGCGGGUGACCCAGAGCAUGAAGACCUGUAA